CCAAACUUUUUAAUUUGAUGGUCUUUGAUAGACCUAAUGAAAGCCUUGUUUACCUUGAGAUAAAGCAUUGCGUCAAUUUACACCAGGAACGAGGUAAAUACAGUUCAUGCAUGAACAAUUUUUAUGUACAUCGAGGAUUAAAGGAUUAAAUCUUCUUAUAAUUGCUAUUUCAGCUUGCAGCAAAAACUUACUCAACAUGUCAGGGUAUUUCUCCUCUCCAUCAUUUCCUGGAAAUUAUCUUGAUGACAUGUCCUGCACGUGGCACAUCACCGUCCCAUCGGGUCACACCAUUCACCUGGAGUUUCAAGAAUUCCGUCUCAAGGAUCACCCCAGGUGCAAAGACUGUUUUGUUCAGAUUUUCGAUGGGCAGGAUUUGAAAUCACCUGCACUAGGCAGAUUCUGCGGCUAUAUGUAUCCUCCUCUUUUGGUCUCAUCAUCAAAUCAUUUCACGAUUGAUCUUUCUUGUCUUGGAGAUGUACACAAAGCAAGGUUCAAGGCCUUUUAUCACUCUGUUAGUGCCCUUGAUUAUACAGAUUCAUCUUGUCUACGUCAACAAGGAUGUCCCUCAAGCUGCGAAUGCAAAGAGUUUGGCGAAGGUCAGCACGAGAAGAUCUUGGUCACUGGAGAGGAGUUGCUUUCGGUGCCAAGAAAUCUUCCUUUCAACACUGGAGCAGUGAAUUUCCAGCAAAACCGGAUCUCCCAACUACGAGAGAUGGAUUUUGCAGACCUCCCAAAAUUGGAAUACAUCGACAUGAGUUUCAAUGUUCUCAUUCACCUCGAGGAAGAGACUUUUCAUAAUGUGACGUCUGUCACGACUCUGUAAGUAUGCAACUAGUAGGUUUAAAAAAAGUAUUACUAGGAUAUCUUAAUACUGACAACAAAUGUAACAACGACAACAUCAAGUGUGGAGAAAUUAGGCUUUGGGUUUCAUAUAACUAUCUAUCAUUUUGUUCUGUUAUUUGAAUACUUUAGCUCAGUUCACGAGUCAGGAAGUUUUUAUCAAUUAAUAUCAAUCAUAGUUCUCCGCAUUCGAA